AUGAUCCACCCCGAGCAGGUUGCCGACAUGCUGAGGAAGACGUCGUCGUUGCUCGUCCCCACGAGCACCGCCUCGCCUACUCCCAUCGACCCUGUGCCGACCGUCGUUCCCGACCACCCGCACUACCAGAAUGCCGGUGAGGCCGGCGCCAGGACGCUCUGGGUCGUCUUUGUCCUGAUGCUGCUUGGCACCAUCAUCUUCUCGGGCCUGUCUUGGACUGUCCCCACGUCUCGCCGCCUGUACCAUGUCGUUACCACCCUGAUCACCACCGUUGCGGCUCUUUCGUACUUCGCGAUGGCAACUGGUCAUGGCGUGACGUAUCACCACACCAGGAUCCGCGAAUCCCACAAGCACGUCCCCGACACCUACCAUGAUGUCUACCGUCAGGUCUACUGGGCUCGCUACGUGGACUGGGCCUUGACCACUCCGUUGCUGCUUCUCGAUCUUUGCCUGCUGGCUGGAGUCGACGGCGCCCACACUCUGAUGGCCAUUAUUGCCGAUGAGAUCAUGAUCCUCACUGGUCUGUUCGCCGCCUUUGGCAACGAGGGUACUCCUCAGAAAUGGGGCUGGUAUGCCAUUGCUUGCAUUGCCUACCUUGUUGUCAUUUGGCACCUUGUUAUCCACGGCCGCGCCAAAGCUUUCGCCAGGGGCGGCAACGUCAGCAAGCUUUUCGGCUCCCUUGGUCUCUUCACCUUGAUUCUUUGGACUGCCUACCCCAUCGUCUGGGGUGUCGCAGACGGCUCCCGCAAGGCCACUGUCAAUGACGAGAUUAUUGCGUAUGCCGUCCUGGACCUUCUUGCCAAGCCAGUCUUCGGCCUCUGGCUCUUGCUCAGCCAUGCCAAGUUGCCUGAGACAAACGUGGAGCUCGGUGGCUAUUGGACCCAUGGCCUUACUGGCGAGGGCUCCAUCCGCAUCGGUGACGACGAUGAGGGCGCGUAA